CAUCCUUCCUGGCUUCGUCUUCUUCCUACGACUGGCCACAUCGCCGCCGGUUGACGGCCGCCGCCUCCGUUUCUCCUCUCCGGUUCGGCCCCUCAGUUCUCGCCGCUGGGCGGGUCUUCGGCACAGCUGACCUUCCUCUUGCAAAGAUCAUGUCUAGAGCCUUAGCGCGUCGCCCGGCGCCUCCUUUCUUGAGAUUGCGCUCCAUCGUGUGCGACGAUGGCUACUGGAUGGGCAGAUUGGACCACAAGGACUGGCUCGCCCCAAACGAGGUGCUCAAGAUAUUUGCCAACAUCAGGGAUCCUGGCCUGAUAACCAGUGUGUUCAAUAAAGCGUGCAACCGAAGAGACUACAAGCCCAGUGAGGCGCUCUACAGCUUGAUGAUUGACAAGCUGGCCUGCGCCAGGAGGUUCAGUGAUGUGGAGGAGUUGCUGGCCAAGGCAAGAGCUGAAAAGUUCAGGUUUUCAGAUGAGUUCUUCUACAGGCUGAUCAAGAUGUACGGCAAUGUGGCAGAACAUCCUCAGAAAGCCAUCGACACGCUCUUUGCAAUGCCUGGAUAUAAUUGUUGGCCUUCUACAAAGACAUUUAAUUAUGUUCUUCACAUGCUUGUGUGUAAGCGGCAGUAUGAGGUUGUCCAUGAGAUAUACUCGAGCGCACCCAGGCUUGGGGUGACACUGGACACCUGCUCCUUCAAUAUUCUUGUCAAGGGCUUGUGCCAAUUUGGUAAGAUUGAUGAGGCAAUGUCUUUGCUGCAUGAGAUGCCAAAGCAGGGGUGCCAGCCUAAUGUGACGACCUACUCGACUUUGAUGCAUUUCCUUUGCCAGCGCUGUCAGGUUGAUAAAGCAUUUGAGUUGUUUGAGAGAAUGCAGAAGCAGGAUAUUGCCGCAGAUACAGUUGUGUACAAUAUUUUGAUCUCUGGUCUCUGCAAGGAGGAAAGAGUGACUGAGGCGUUUGGUCUGUUCAAAUCAAUGACGUCUGAAGGGUGCUAUCCUAAUUCAGGGACUUAUCAGGUACUUCUUGAUGGUCUCAUCAGUUCAGGAAAGUUUGGGGAGGCCAAGAAUCUGAUUAGCGUCAUGAGUACAGAAAGUGUGAGGCCCAGCUUCCAAUCCUACAAGCUGCUGAUCGAUGGCCUCUGCAGUGAUGACUGCUUAGAUGAUGCGCAUCUUGUCUUGAAGCAAAUGGUGGGCCAAGGUUUUGUUCCUCGAAUGGGAACUUGGAGAAAACUUCUGACAUCCAUGUGCUAAUAUUGUUUUCAUGUCGGUGAUUUUAUCAACCUAAGAAGACAACUGAGUGGGGACUGGAGAACUUCAAAUUUUGCCAGGUUUUGCAUAUUGCAGCCAUAUCAGAAAGAGUCAGUGAUAUCAGACAAACCAAAAUUCAUCUACGAAUGCUGCCUAUAAGAACUAGUACAUGAUUAUAGUUUGGUGUUAGCUUUCACGGAUGUCAACCUGAAAUGUAUGGAUGAUGUGAGGCUGACAAAAGAUCUAUUCGAUUCUGUAGGUUUGUGUCUUGAAAUUAAAUACUUUAUGUGGAAAAUUACAUAUCUAUCCGUUCAGAUAGUCUAAGGUUGAAUUGUUAAAUGUUGAAUCUGGCUAUCCACUUACAGUUUUGAUGCUAUCCACUUACAGCAUGGAAAGAAUCUGGUCAGUAAGGAAGCAGCUGCAUAGAACAACACUGCUGUAUCACUGUUUGACAGAAAGGAGAAAAGCCCUGAGUUAAAGCCUUAAAGCAUGCAUUUUGUGCAGUUGUUCUGUGUGGCCAAGCUGUCGAAUCCGGAUUCUUGCCUGAGUCUGUAUAAUGGUGCUGCAAAGGAUUCAUUCUCAAAUUACAUUCCGAGAAGUGGGGACAACAACUUAUAUGCUCACAGAGCAACAUAUCCUUCAGAAAUCAGAAUUACUCUGAUUCGAGGGCAGACCUUUGGUCUAGGUAGUCUUUAUGAGGAUGUUGUGGUAGUCUGAUAGCACCAUCUCAUUAAGUAAUGGCUGACUAAUGUGUACAUUGUACUACUAGCCAACCAUGUGCUAUGCCUUGGACACCUGGACCAUGAAAGUUGGGACCAUGAAAGUUGGUGUAGUCGACUAUUUGUACAGGAAUAAAACUGUAUUGCACUGGACAGUGAUCGGUACAGUACUCCAUUUCAAUAGAUCCACCAUUUUUUUCUUUCCAAA